UGUCUGAAGCUGAGUUUGAAGCCUCCAGCAUGGUUGGAGUUAAUUCCUAUUAGGCUGGACUCCGCCCCUAUCCUCUAAAGAGAAACUAGGGAUCAUGAGGAGCAGCCUGACCAUGGUGGGGACUCUCUGGGCCUUCUUGUCCCUUGUUACUGCUGUGGCCAGUUCUACCAGUUACUUCUUGCCUUAUUGGCUCUUUGGAUCACAGCUGGGUAAGCCAGUGUCUUUCAGCACAUUCCGGAGAUGCAACUACCCAGUGAGAGGAGAAGGGAACAGUCUGAUGAUGGUGGAAGAAUGUGGGCGCUAUUCCAGCUUCAGUGCCAUCCCAAGCCUGGCCUGGCAGAUGUGCACAGUGGUGACAGGUGCUGGCUGUGCACUGCUGCUUCUGGUAGCACUGGCUGCUGUCCUAGGCUGCUGCAUGGAGGAACUCAUCUCCAGAAUGAUGGGGCGGUGCAUGGGAGCAGCACAGUUUGUGGGAGGACUGCUGAUAAGCUCAGGCUGUGCCUUAUAUCCCUUAGGAUGGAAUAGCCCAGAGAUAAUGCAAACAUGUGGAAAUGCCUCCAAUCAAUUUCAGUUAGGUACCUGUCAGCUUGGCUGGGCCUAUUACUGUGCUGGAGGUGGAGCAGCUGCAGCUAUGUUGAUCUGUACUUGGCUCUCCUGCUUUGCUGGAAGAAACCCUAAGCCUAUCAUGUUGGUGGAGAGCAUCAUGAAGAACACCAAUUCUUAUGCCAUGGAGCUUGACCACUGCCUCAAACCUUGAGAUUUGAAAGAAGACUGAUUGGAGAGGGUGGGACAGGGAAGGGGAUGGAACCUGGAAAAGAGGUAUUAAAGCAAGAUUAGGCCAAUUUGUAUCUACUGUCCAAUAGAGCAGCCUAGUAUUUGCAUGCUUUUAAGUCAUCUGUCAUUUACCUUUGCUUUCUUAUAAACCAGUGGGUCAGUCACUAUUUACAAAAUUCACCUACAACAGUAAUUCUCUUGAACAUUUAGUCAACCAGUGAGUAGCCAAGGAUGCCCAAAUCUAAAUGUGCCCUUUUAUAAAAAAUAAG